AUGGGAAAGAAAAUACAAAAAGGAAAGAAGGGAGAGAAAUCUCAGUAUUUAACCAGAUCUAAGGCUAUCAGAAAACUUUAGCUAUCUUUGAAAGACUUUAGAAGACUGUGCAUUUUGAAGGGAGUAUAUCCCAGAGAGCCAAAGAAGAAGUUCGAGGGUACCAAUAAAACUUAUUAUCAUGUGAAAGACAUUAAAAUUUUGAUGCAUGACAAACUGCUCAAUAAGUUUAGAGAGCUAAAGGCUCAUGCAAAGAAGUAUAAGAAACUUAUGAAUCGUAAGGAGAAUAAGCUUGCAGAGGAUCAUUUGAAGAAAGCACCUAAGUACUCACUGAGUCAUAUUAUUAAGGAGAGAUACCCAACUUUUAUUGAUGCUCUUAGAGAUCUCGAUGAUGCACUAUGUCUUAUCAGUCUUUUUGCUAAUUUACCGCAACAUCAUACAUUAGAGAUCACAAAGAAGGAGACUGAGGCUUGUACCAAUCUAAUUAAAGAGUUUAUGUUCUAUUGUACCGUCACUUAAUGCUUUAAAAAGGCAUUCUAUUCAAUAAAGGGAAUAUACUAUUAGGUCGAAAUUAUGGGCUAAAAUAUCACAUGGAUUGCACCUUAUCAAUUCAAUCAGAGACUGCCAUUUGAUAUUGACUAUAAAGUUAUGAGCACCUUCCUAGAGUUUUACUUAGCUUUAGUUAGAUUUGUGAACCAUAAACUAUACAUAGAUCUUGGCUUUAAGCAUCCUCUAGAACAUAACUUAAAUGAUGAGAAUAAAAUAUAUUUAGAUGUCGCUUUAGUGCAGUCACUGUAAAAGCAGGCUCGUAAGAAGUUUGAGCAAGGUCAAGCAGGUUAGGACAAAUUCUAGAUAUCAGAAGAGUUCAAAGAUACACCAGAGAUGAAGAAAUUGACAAAAAAAGAAGAGCAUCAAAAGAGAUAGAGAAAUCUGUUCUAAAAAUGUGUAUUCUUACUUAACAGAGAAGCACCUAUUUACAGUUUGCAGUAUUUAAUAUUAUCAUUCGGAGGAGCUUUUGCCACCGAAGAAGAUGAAGAUUUCUUGUAGAAUAAUAAAGUUACUCAUCACGUCAUGGAUAGGCCACUUCAAGGAAAAUUGUAAACAAACAAAGAGUAUGUAUAACCAUAAUGGAUAGUCGAUUCUCUGAAUAAUUUGCAUUUGCUUCCUACACAGCCAUAUAAGCCAGGUCAAACUUUGCCACCUCAUCUCUCACCUUUCGUUGAUGAUUUGAAGGAAGGAUAUAUCCCAACAAGACAGAAGGAAAUAAAUGCCUUAAAGGGAGAAGUUGUCGAAGAACCAAAUGAAGAGGAGGAAAGUAUGAGUGAAGUUGACAACAAAAAUGAAGAGUCAGAGGAGGACAUCUAACCAGCAAAAUAAGUUGCCAAAUCUCAGAAAGAUAACAAAGCUACUAAGAAUGAUAAGGUAGAGGAACUAAAGAAACCAGUGAAUUUGAAAUAGAAGGGAGAUGCUGACUCUAGUAGUGAUGAGGACUCUGAAGAAGAGGACUUGAAAUAAAAGAAGCAAAAGAACUAAAAAAUAAAGAAAGAGCUCUAGAAGGAACAAGAGGAACUAGGUAAAAUCCUAAUGACCAAGAAACAGAGAAGACUAUACGAUCAAGCUGAUAAAAGUAUUCAAAAGAAGAAAGAAGUUGCAAACAAAUUAAAAGAAAAGAAAAAGAGAAUAGAACAGAGUAAAUAGAAAGGUGGGAAAUGA